AUGGCCAUGGAGGAGCAGGGCGGCACGCAGCCUCGCCUCACCUUCUUCCCACCGCCCCAGAGCCGGCAGCUCAGCGGGCCCCGGUGCGGGGUCGGGGGAACCCUCACACCGUCCUGGGGCUGCGGGACCCUCACAAUGGCUGGGGGACCCCUCACAGCAGGCUGGGGUCGGUGGGGGGGGCUCGGCACCCCCCUGCACCCUGCUGUGUGUGACACGAAGCCCCCUCUCACCCGGAGCAGCUCUGCAGACUUGGACCUCGACCCGGACAGCCAUGUGCCCGACAGCUCCCUGCCCAACUCCGCCAGCCGCGCCGGCCGCCAUGCCCUGCUGCUGCUGGAGAAGAAGGUAAAACACUUUGAAGAGGCCAAAAAGAAGACUGAACGUUUCCACAAACAUUUACAGCAGCAGUUUUUGAAAGAACAGGAGAGAAAGAUGGUGCGGAGGAAGAAGGCAUCUGAAAGGUUUGAAAAAUCACUGGAAGUGUUCAGCCGCGGAAGUGGGAAGUCACCCGUCCCUCCCGCAGGUGGUUUGUCUGCGAGUGAAGUGACGCCCUUGGAACAUGCAGCUGCUACUGACCGAGAAGGGACCAAGAGACACGUCUAGAGAGCUCCUCCUGCAGGAUGUCCCAGCGCUCCGGCCCAUGUCUGGCCAACCUACUUGAAUUUUCAGUUUGUCCUUUUAGGAAGCUAACGCUCGGUCCUGUUACAGCAAUAAACCAGCACGAUCCCUCGCU